UGUUGCUUGACUCAGACGAGAGAUGAGAGUAGAAACAACGUUAAUCAUUGUUUUACACACCACACUGGUUAUCCUGUUGGUCAGCUAUGUCAGUGCUACACUGUCCAGGACUGAUGCCAAGAAGAAGGACUCCAAAACACAGGAGCCAGAGACGUCCCAGGCAGAGCGGUCGGUGCUGGAGCGAGGUCUGGUUGUUACUGACCCUCAGUGGAAGGACAUCGUAAAAGAGGAGAGGAGAUACUGCCAACAGACUAUGACUAAACACAGGUUCCAAGGGCCUGUACUGGGCUACAUAACUCCUUGGAACUCGCAUGGUUACGAUGUUGCCAAGGUGUUUGGUUCCAAGCUGACCUCUGUGUCUCCGGUGUGGCUUCAGCUGAGACGGAGAGGACCAGAGAGCUUCCAUAUCACUGGUCUACACGAUCACGACCCAGGUUGGGUAAAAGCUGUGCGGAAGGCAAACAAAAAAAUCAAAAUGCUUCCUCGCCUGUUGUUUGACGGCUGGUCGUACCAGGACUAUACGAGUGUCCUGGGCAGUGAGGAUGAGAUCGAAGAGCUGGGGACUGAGAUGGUAGACGUAGCUAAGACAGAAGGCUUUGAUGGCUAUACGCUGGAGCUGUGGAGUCAGCUGGGAGGGAACCAGAGAGUGGAGCUGGUCCACAUGAUUACCCACAUCUGUGAGGCUCUUAAGGUAAAGAAGCUGGACUGUGUACUGGUCAUUCCACCAGCCGUCACACCAAGUUCAGGACAGCCAGGGAUGUUUGGGAGGGAGCAGUUUGAGCAGUUAGCUCCUGUAGUGGACGGAUUCAGUCUAAUGACCUACGACUUCUCCUCUGGACGAGCGGGCCCCAGUUCCCCUCUACCCUGGCUGAGAGAAUGUGUUCUAGAGUUGUCCCCAAACAACCAAUGGAGACAUAAGAUACUGCUGGGACUCAACCUGUAUGGACUGGACUUCUCCACCUACGGAGCUGAGCCACUGCUGGGGGGCAGGUUCAUAGAGCUGUUGAAGGAGCUGAAGCCUAGACUACUAUGGGAUGAACAAGCUGAGGAGCACUACUUCAGCUACAAGAGGAGCAAUGGAGUCAAGCAUGUGGUCUAUUACCCAACACUGAAGUCUCUCCACCAGCGCAUCUCGCUAGCCACUGAGUUAGGUACAGGAAUCUCCAUGUGGGAACUGGGCCAGGGGCUGGACUAUUUCUAUGACCUGUUAUGAGCCAAUCGGAGUAAGAGACUCGAGCUCCUUUCUUUUGUCGAUAAAGCGGUACGAUAUGUGCAAAUGGUAUAGUUCAUGGUAAUAAAUGGUAUAGUUCAUGGUAAUAUUUGCUGAGCCACUGAGCACCAACCAAGCAUGAGGAUUCUACCAUUAAAAAAAGGACGUCUCUUAUCUCAGGAAGAGUUAUCAUUGGAGACGGAGGCCAAGUUGUUUGUGGAGUAAAACUCAAACUGAACUAAGGAACUUGACGCUGCCAACAUGGCAAGAGCAGAGUAAAACCAUCCAUCAAAGCAGUUCUUCUACUGGGGGGUUGGUAACAGGGUUAUUAUGGGGUGUCUCACACACACAAGGUGUUCAUGUUUUGAAAUAUAUUGAUAUGAAAUAUUCUUCCAUUUUAAGGACUGGUUUCCCGGACAUAGAUUAAGCCUACUGUAGUUAUAAAUCUGAUUGAGACAUAAUGUUUGUCAGGUCUAAAUCAGACAUCAGUCUGCUGCCCACUGCAGGAAUGUUUCUUUGACAUGAAAUAAAAGAGGUACAUUGUUUGUUUUUAAUAGGAACAAAAUGUAAUCGACAAUAGAAAUGUACAUACAUACAGUGAUACUUUUCCUAAUACCUCACCCGGUGGCUGCUGAACUAGGCUUGACGUGUGUGUUAAACUAGUAGUACUACAAACCUCUGCUGUAGUAGACUGCAGGGUUGACCUCAAUUCCAUCUAAAAUCCAGUCGAUUCAGGAAGAGCACUGAAAUUCCAAUUCUCUUCAAGGUAAAGUUGGAAUCUAAUUGUAAUUUGGUUUACUUUGUGAAAUGGAAUUGUACCAACCCUGGUGUAUAGUACAUAAGACAAGAGUUGUACACCAUGUCCUCAUAUCUUACUAAAUGCUUUUGUACCCAGAACCAUUAUAUUUGUCCUUGAUAGCACUAAAUGUAGAGGAGCUCUACUUUGAGAUUUUGCCUGUGACACCUGUAUUUGAAAGGUUCCGUUUCGUUACUGUAUGUAUACUCUGAUGAACCCUGUCUGCUAAAUCAUAUCCUGUUCAUGUCAAAAUAAGGCCGGGAUUAAAUCCGAUCGCGCUUUGCGCGCUACGCACCUUUUAAAAAGAGCCACGGUUUUUUCUGUCGCUUAUUAGAAAAACAGGUUUCAGUUUUGUUUUGUGUGUUUCCUGAUUGAUUCUGAGGUUUGAUUAAAUCUGUUUGUUCCCCA